AUGAAGGAGCCAGAUGACCAGGAUACUGAUGAGGGGAAAUCAGAUCAAUCAAAGAAUGUUCUAAAGGAUACCACAGAUGAAACAAUAACUGAAGGGGAAGAAUCAUAUUUGGAGGACAAUGACUCAGAUAUGGUGUCAGAUAUGGAAGGAAGUUCAGUUUCACUUCAAUAUGAUUUUGUGGAAAACAUCGAAGGAUCUCAGUAUGUGGAGACCCCAGCUGUGGAAGAGGCAGAAGAGGAGGUGAAGAAAAAAAUAUCAGAGACUUUUUUCUACAAUUACAUGGAGCUAGUCUCUACGCCUUUUGUGACUUCGAUGGCGACCGUACCACGGGAGCUUCUCAUACUGGAACAUUCCUUUGGCUACGACUGCAAAAAGAGGGCCAACCUGCAGCUUCUCGACAGCAACACCCUGUUGUACAUAGCUGGGAACCAGCUGAUCCUGCUGGACUACAAAACCAAGGAGCAGAUCUACCUGCGAAGCAGCAGUGGUAGAGGGAUUGGUGUCAUUGGGGUUCAUCCCCAGAAAACUUACUUCACUGUAGGUGAAAAAGGAAGUUUUCCAGAUAUUAUCAUCUAUGAAUACCCUUCCUUGAGGCCCUACAGAAUCCUUCGAGAUGGGGCUGAGCUGGCAUAUGCCUACAUGGACUUCAAUGCCAGUGGCACCUUGCUGGCCUCUGUCAGUGGCAACCCUGAUCACACACUGACCAUCUGGAACUGGAAAGAGGAGCAGACCAUACUGCGAACAAAAGCUUUUUCUCAGGAAGUUUUUAAAGUUUCUUUCAAUCCUGAAGACGAUGAGCAGCUCACUACAUCAGGACUGGGCCACAUCAAGUUCUGGGAAAUGAUUUUCACAUUCACAGGUCUCAAGCUUCAGGGUUCAUUAGGUCGAUUUGGUAAAACAGCCACUACUGACAUAGAGGGUUACAUGGAGCUCCCGGAUGGAAAGGUGCUCUCAGGGUCAGAAUGGGGCAAUAUGCUGGUAUGGGAAGCUGGCCUCAUCAAAGUGGAGCUCUGUCGAGUUGCAAGGAAAUCUUGUCACCAUGGUCCCAUCAACCAGAUAAUGCUAGAUGAGGGUGAAGUUAUCACUGUUGGGUCGGAUGGAUGGAUUAGGAUAUGGGAUUUUGAGACAAUAGAUACUGCUGACACUAUAGAUGAUACUGGAUUGCAUGAGAUUGAACCCAUUAAUGAACUUCAAGUAGACAAGAAUGUUCAGCUCUUCUCUAUGAUAAAGAUGAAUGAAGCUGGAAAUAACUUUUGGUUGGCUCAGGAUGCCAAUGGAGCCAUGUGGAAGCUUGACCUUAGUUUUUCAAAUAUUACUCAAGAUCCAGAGUGUCUCUUCUCCUUCCAUUCUGGAGCCAUAGAAGCCUUGGCUGUCUCUCCUCUCACUUACCUCAUGGCCACCACCGCCUUGGACUGCUCUGUUCGAAUCUAUGAUUUUGCUAGCAAAACUCCUUUAACACAGAUGAAAUUCAAACAAGGAGGUACUGCCCUUGCUUGGGUACCCCCAAUGGUAAGCUUCAGUGGAGGACAAAUCAUUGUUGGAUUUGAAGAUGGGGUUGUUCGCAUUCUUGAACUUUAUGAUCCAAAAGGACUCACACUUUUUGCAGGACGAAAGAAGAUUUCAGAUGCAGAAAUUAGUUUGAAAAAAGUUUUCAAACCCCAUACUGCUCAUGUUACUUCUUUAGCUUAUGAACGUGAUGGAGAAAUUCUAGCCACAGGUAGUAAAGAUCAAACAGUAUUCUUCUUUGAAGUGGAAAAGGAUUAUAGGCCAAUCGGUUAUAUUACUACUCCUGGACCUGUUUGCCAGUUAAUGUGGUCUCCCCUCUCUCAUCCUGAAAGCACUUUACUGAUUAUAUGUGAGAAUGGGCAUGUUCUUGAAGCUCCAUAUCCAACCAUAAAGGAGGAUGGGGAAGAUCGUGAUGUGAUCUCCUAUGAAAUCAAAGACAUGUCCAUAAAAUAUUUCCAUUUCUCAAGUGUCAAAUCUAAGAUCCUGAGAUAUAUAGAAAUUGAGAAGAGAAAGAAACUAAAGGUGUUGAAAGAAAAGGCAAGAGAAGAAAGAAGAAAACUAGCAGCCGAGACUGGAGAAGAUGAAGAGGAGGAGGAGGAGGAAGAGGAAGAGGAACCAUUGCCUGAGAUCUUUGUUCCAUCAACCCCUUGUCACAUCCUUUGUGGAUUCUAUUCUGAACCAGGGCAGUUCUGGGUUUCUCUGGGUGGCUAUGAUGCUGGAUUUCUGUACCACUGUGCCUUCCUCCCACGUAACACAGACAUUGACAUCAAAGAACAGAAAGAUGAGGCUAUUGAUUUCCGUUUUCUUGAGAACACAGAGGAUAACCCUAUCCAAACUAUCACUUUCAGUUUUGAACGGAUGAUGAUGUUUUGUGGACUGCGAAAUGGAGCAAUUCGCAUCUAUAUCUUGAAAGACCGUGACCCAUCACUGGCCUCUUUGCAAGAUUACUGGCACUUCAGUAUUCAUGACAAUGACUACGGCUGUAUCACAGCCAUCUCUACUAGCUUUGAUGACCGCUUCUUGGUGACGGCUGGAGCAGAUAGUAACAUCUUUGUUUUCAACAUUUUUUCUGAAAUUGAAUUAAGGGAACUCCUCAAAGCCAGAGUUCCUGCUCCUAGGCUUGGAAUUGAAAGAGAACCAAUUCCACAAGAUAUUGAAGACCCUAAAGCCUACAGUAUUGAGAAUGCUAGGAAAAAAAGAGAACAUGACAAGUUAAUGAAAGAGGUGGAAGAAAUCAAGGCUGGGAAAAGAGAAAAGCUCAAAGCUUUAAGGAAUGAAUUUGGGAAACUACUAGAAAUGAAUGAAAAAUUACCAAAGCACAUGCAGUUUAAGCGGACAGAUUUUGAUGUAGAUUCCAGAAUUCGUGCUGAGGUUGCCAGAAAAACAGUUCAUAAAAUUAGACAAGUGGAAAGCGAAUUAGCUUGGGAAAAAGAGAAGUAUCACCUCGGCCUACUGAAGCUACAGAAUAGAUUUCGUGAUUCACUGGAAAGUGAUGUUAUUGUGGUUAAUGCCAUACAGAGUGAUCACAAGAUAGUCUCUUACAGACUUGUGAAGCCUUCCAAAUACUCCAAAUUCAAACGAGUAAGUCAAGCAGAGAGAAAAACAAGCAAAUUAGAGAGGCUUGAAAAAGAUGGAGUUGGAAGAAAGGAAAGCACGAGAGAUUCAGGUGGAAGUAUGGUUAUGCCAGAAGAAUCAAUUAUAGAAAAAGUGGAAAAAUAUAGGCCUAGGACCUUAAGUGAAAUUAUGGUCAAAAAUCAAAUUGAGAAGACGAGGAAACUUAUAAUAAAAGCUGAAAAGGCCCAACUUAAGAUUCAGCAGCGUAAGAAAGAAUGGGAUGAACUAUACAAGAGCAAGCCUGAUGAUGACUAUGAAGACCCCAAAGAUGUCCAGGCCAUCAAGGAGGCCCAGAUGUACAUGGGAGACUUCAACCUGAAGACGGCGGCGGACUACAAGAUUCCCGAGCACAUGAGAAUGAACGCUGCCAAGAAAGAAGAGGAACUGGGACACCUAGACUCUUUGACCCACACAAAGAAAAAGCACAUGAACAAGUGUAUCAUCUCCCUCCGAGACCUUAAAGUGGCUGUCGUCGAGGAGAUACAGUGUCUGGUACAAGAACUGAAGAACAUCCAGUCAGUUCUUCACGUAUCCAAGCACAUCCCCAUCCCUGAUAUCCCUCAGAUAUACCCAGAAGAAGUUCCAGAAAAGAGAUUUCAGUAUGAUGAGGAAACUCUCCUAGCAUUUCAGCAACGGAAGAAAAAAAGUGAGGAUGAAAAGUCCCUCCAAAUGGAGCAGGGAGGGUUUGAGAACUUAAGCGGAGGGUUCCUCAGACUGUCUAUUGGAAAGGAAGGAGAUGUGACCACGCGUGAUUCCGUGUCUAGAUCGUCAAAGGCAUCAGCAUUCUGUAUAGAUGUUCUGAAGUUAGUAGAAUUUGAAAAACCAGAACCAACUGACGUGGAGCUGGAGAUUAUGAGGCGGGAAGAGGUUAAACAUGUGUACAUGCAGCAGUAUUUGACCAACAGGAUCAGAGAACUUAUUGUUACUUUUGAUGCAGAACUUCGUCUCCUGAGACAUCAGAAACUGAAACUAGAUACUCAGAUGAAAUUAUCUGACUUGCACCAUCUCACGCUGUUUCAAGAAAUGCUUCUCCUUAAGAACUUUGAAAAACAGGAGAAUAUCCUUCAAGAGCGUGUUAACUCACUAGACAAAGAGGAACAGGACAUGCAAUGGAAAAUAAAUGAAACUCUUAAAGAAAUGGAGGAGAAAAAGAAUGAAAUUGCUAAGCUCCAAGAUCAAGAAAAGGCACUCUAUGCUGGUUUCCAAGCAGCCCUGGGGGAAAACAAUAAAUUUGCUAACUUCCUCAUGAAAGUCCUAAAGAAGAGGAUUAAGAGGGUGAAGAAAAAGGAAGUUGAAGGAGAUGCUGAUGAAGAUGAAGAAAGUGAAGAAUCAAGUGAAGAAGAAUCAAGCUUGGAGGGCGAUGAAGAUGAGUCUGGAUCUGAAGAUGAUGUUUUUGAUGACUCCAUCUGCCCGACAAAUUGUAAUGUGAAUCUUUUUGAACUGGCCCUUCAACUUAGAGAAAAAAGGCUGGACAUUGAAGAAGCCUUAGUUGAAGAAAAAAAAAUUGUUGAUAACCUCAAAAAGGAAUAUGACACAUUGUCUAAAAAAGUAAAAAUCGUGGCAACUAAUCUGAACACAGCAGAGGCAGCCCUGGAGGCUUAUCAGCGGGAGAAGCAGCAGCGGCUGAAUGAACUGCUGGUUGUGAUUCCACUCAAGCUCCACCAGAUAGAGUAUGUAAUAUUUGGAGAAAUACCGAAUGACCUUUCUGGAACUUUGGUCUUUUCUAAUCACUCCUUGAGUCUGCUGCAAGAGCGAAUCAUGUACCUUCAGGAGGAAAAUUCCAAGCAGCGCAAACUUAACAAAGAAUGUCGGGAGAGGCGUAAGCAGCUUAUCCGAGAAAAAAAAGAGAUGGCGAAAACCAUACAGAAAAUGGAAGAGACCGUCCGUCAACUAAUGAUCAGCAAAUUUGGCCGUGUGAUAGACCUGGAAGCCCUUCAGACACUCUCGGUGAAUACGACCCUUGAAGAACUGAAGAUCAGAAAACUUCGAAAGGAGCUGUCGAAUGCAAAGGAGCUGAAGAUGUGGGAGGAGAAGAUUGCUCAAAUGCGAUGGGAACUGAUGAUGAAGACAAAAGAACAUACCAAAAAGCUUCAUCAGAUGAAUGACCUAUGUAUUGAAAAGAAGAAACUGGAUUCUCGGUUGAAUACGUUACAGAACCAGCAGGGGAAUGCCUUCCAGGGUCCCCGGAAAGCGGAUAUUGUGGCAAGAAAGAAGGUCACUGAACUGAUCCACAUCCAGGCAGAAAGAAUUUCGGCUUUAAAGGAAGAGAUUGCCCUCCUGCGGAGGAAAGGUGGUCUUAUCCUCCCUCCCAUUCAGUCUCCACAGCACAACUAGAUGAAGC